GGUCCUUAAGGGCUUUGCCUCAACUCCCAGCGAGCAGUCCUCACGUAUCCUCUGCUCUGCUGAAUUAUAUCUUUUACCCAAAAAACCGGCGAUUCCUGAAAAACAAAGCCGAGAUUUUGGGGUGAGAAAAAUGGAGGGAGUGGGAUCUCGGUUGGGCCGGUCUUCGUCUCGGUACGGCCUAUCAGCGACGGCCGCUGUUCUUAAUGGCCCCGUCAGGAAGUGGAAGAGGAAAUGGGUCCACGUGUCCCCUUCUCCCACCCUCAAUUACCGCAACAACAGCCACUCCAACGGCCAUAACAACAACAACAACAACAACAACAACGGCUCUCGCCUCCUCCUCUGUCGGUGGACUCCACUACCCCCCUCUGGGGCCACCGCCGCUACCUCCUCCUCCGAGGAUCCACCUAAACGCAAAUUCCGUUACACCCCAAUUGCUGUACUGGAGGAACGUAGCAAGGUAGAAAAGAAGGUUGAACAAGAAGUUGAGAAGCAGUUGGUAGGGUGGCUAACUUCUAAGGAUGAUAGACAAAAUAUUGGAGAUGGUCUCAAGAGUGAAAUUCAGGAUUCAAACAUGAGCCAUUUGGAUUUGGAUUUGGAUUUGCGCUUAAAAGGCCUCAACAAUGAUCUUGACUCUGUUGGCCAAAGCGAAGAGGAUCAAGUGAAGAAAGCAAGCUCAGGUGGGUUUGGACGAGUGGUUGACCCAAGAAACUGAAGCCAAUGAGUCAUGUGCUAGUAUGAAAGUCUGAAUUGGUUUCUCAUUCUGAUGCUUGUAGCAUGUUAAUACAACUCUUUUCUAUUAGAUUAAGUAGCAUUGCUUCACAUUGUAAUUAACCGUAGGCUUCUUGUCCAGUUUCUCGAUGAAGGUUCUCUGCACUAGCUGCUGCUAUCUGUAUAUAUUUUCAACCCUCAUAGCUUAUUGUACCCUUUGUGCGUAUUGUUUUUAGUACCAUUACUACGACUCUGCAGCAGACAACUAUCUCAUCUGUUGUCUUGUUAAGAAUUUCCAGAUUAGAAUUGCAAA